AUGUUGAAGAUGCGAGAACUAGAGCUAAAAUGCGAGCCGCUCAUCCCUGCUGACCACUUUGACUAUAUUGCCGGAUCAGGUGCUGGAGGAAUCAGCGCGUGUAUGCUAGGAAGGCUGCGAACGCCAAUCGACAAGGCAAUAGAAGAAUAUGUAAAGUUGAUGAAAAGCAUAUUUUUAGAGAAGAAGCUAUCUGUGUCACGGGCUGUAUACAAAGCAAAGAAUCUCCAAGAGGCGCUUGGGGCAAUGAUACGAGAGGCCACAGGCAAUAAAGAAGAAAUGAUGAUAGGAAGGGAGGGUCUGCCCAAAAUCCUAGAACGUGGGGUAGGAAAAACUCAACUUGUGCUGAACGUGAUCGAACGUACGGGUGACAAGUGGGAUUAUGUGAUCUACGUGGAUGCAAGCUCUGAAAGAUCAAUCAAGGAGGCCCUACAAGACUUCGUCAUUAUCAACCACGUCGGAGAGAGCCACGAAGAUGCCAUUGGUUGGCUUGAGCACAUUCCCAAUCAAUGGCUACUUGUCCUUGAUAACGCUGACGAUCGAUCUCUGGUUACUGGAAUUCGACGAUACAUACCAAGAGGCCUCCACGGAAACGUUAUUAUUACUACCCGUUUGGUUGACAUGGCCAUCGUAGCAAAGGGUGUGAAUAGCACUUGUCAUCUAUCAUGUAUGGACCAGGAAGACGGAUCGGCGCUACUACUUAAAACCGCCCGUAUGGAAGAUCAUGGACUCUCUGCUGCUGAUAGAGAAGCUGCAGUCGCUUUACUUCAGCCAAUGUACACGAGGAAGGAUCUAGGUUACCAUGCACUUGCAAUCGUACACGCUGGCGCAUACAUACGCCAUGUGCAUAGCGUCGGCGUCGUAAAGUACCGGGAUCUCUUUCUAUCUGAAUGUCACGCUACACUGAAUGAUUCGGGAACAUUUUAUAGGAAGAUUGAACAAUACGCGAAGUCGUUGGAUACCACCUGGAAACUGUGUUACGAACUACUGCAAGAGCCUCCUAAGUAA